GCACCCCACCACCCUUUAUUUUCCACCGAAGGCUGGCAACCGGCCAAGCCACGCCGUUGGUCACCAGCCUUACCUGAAGAACGCCACGAGGCCUCAAACGCCAGACGCGCCACAGCACACCAGAUGCCGGGCAACGCCAACGCUGAGAAACCUUUUCGAGGAAAGGGCGUCUCGACACAUCAUCAUCCGACGUCGCGAUGUCGGACUCCGCUUCGAGAGCUGCCCUCCUCUACGUGGCGAAUGAGGAUCGAAACAACCAACAGUAAAAAAAGUCUUAUUCUGUUAUCGCAACAUGAAGCCAAAAUACUCCAGAUGGCGUUUCAUACCAUCUGA